AUGUCGUCCGCGCCUAUGAUUAGGGCCGGUGGGGGCUCCGGCAAGGCCAAAUCCAAACGAAAACCGAACGCCAUCCGGCGUAUCAUGGAUCACGAGCAACGCGUCCGGGAAAAGUCUGUAGCGUCGUCCCCAUCAACCAACGCCCCCACCGUAGCAUCGGCCCGCUCGGUAUGCAAGAACCCCCAGUGCGACAAGUCGGACGUCCGUGACGGAGCCUGCCAAAACUGCGGCCGCGUCGUGUGGGAGAGCAACAUCGUGGCCGAAGUCACGUUUGGUGAGAGCGCCAACGGCGCUGCCGUUGUCCACGGGAGCUACCUGGCUGCAGACCAAGGAGGCAUCCGCCCCACAGCUGGCGGGCUCGCUUUUCGCCGUGUGGCUGGCGCUGGUGCGAGUGAGGCCCGCGAGCGGAGUCUCAGGGAGGCCAAGCAACUCAUGAACCAAUUCGCCCACCAACUCCAGAUUGCACCUCUCGUGGCCGAGAAAGCCUUCCAGGUCUACAAGUUUGCCUCCAACAGCAACUUCAUCCAAGGCCGCCGCAAGAAUACCGUGGCUGCCGUCUGCGUUUAUGCAGUGUGUCGAAAAGAGGACAAUAAUAAGGUCAUGCUGAUCGACUUGGCCGACAUCAUCAAGACCGACGUCUUCCUGCUUGGUCGCAGUUAUAAAGACUUGCUCGCCGCUCUUCCCGACAUGAAAGAUGGUACCAAACCCAUCAUCAUCGAGGACCUCAUCUUCCGCUUCGCCACCAAGCUGGAGUUCCUCCACGACACCAACAAAGUGGCUCUCUCCGCCAUCCGCAUCGCCCAACGCAUGCGUCACGACAACAUCACUCAUGGCCGUCGGCCGGCUGGUAUCUGCGGCGCCGCCUUGAUCAUGGCUGCUCGGGCGCACAACUACCGCCGUACGGUCAGGGAAGUGGUCUACAUCGCCAAGGUCACCAUGACCACCUUGCAGGAGCUGCCGCCUGUUCCUAUCGACCCGGCACUCGAAAACGGGGGUGCUUCGGUCGAGACUUCCGGGACCUCGGCGCAGUCCGCUCCACCAACACCUCAGGCGGGAGACGCGCCCGCCCCGGGCGUCGACAAGGAUGGCUUUGCCGUCCCUUAUCGUAAACCUACCCAGGAGGAUCUGACCAUCGCCAACGCCGCGACAGCAGAGGUUGACGGCCAGCUCGAGGAUUUGGCGGAUGAAUUCGGCGACUCGGACGACGAAGAGCCCGAGGAAGUCGACCCAAGUAGUGAGAUGGCUAUGGCUGCAGCACAAGGCAUCCAGAUACCCGGCAUGGAGAACAUGAAGAUCAAGCCGAGGGAGCCGGUCCCCGGCCCGGAACAUGGCAACAACCCGCCCCCGAGUGGCGAUGAGGCGAACAACCAAAAGCCGGAGAAGCCGGUGUUACGAAUCGACGACGAAUGGGAGCUCGACGAGAACAAUCUUGAACAGGAGAUGCAAGGGCAUCUCAACGACCCUGUCAUGAUUGGUGCCUCUGCCCUUGUCACGAGAGAUAUCGAGCAGCGAAGAGAGAAAGAGACCACGGCCCACGCCAACUUACCGCCAGCGCCUGCUCUGCCCGAGGCAAAUGCAGGCGAGGCCCCGGGCCAAAGCAGCACCGAAACGGCUGCCCAACCCCUCACUAAUGGGGCUGCCCCCAGCCUCACCCCACAGUCUAAUGUCUCGGACGAUCCCAUUGUGCACGAAGAUGAGUUCAAGGACGACCCUGAAGUCAUGUUCUGCAAGCUCUCGGAGAGGGAUGUGUUGCUGAAAGAGAUGAUCUGGGCCAACCACAACAAGGACUACAUGCGCAAGGUGCAGCAAAAAAUCUUCGAAGCCAAGGUAUUGCAAAACAAUCCGCCGAAGCAGAAGCGCAGCCGAGCCCGGAAACCGCGCAUCGGCGAGGGGCAAGCAUCGCCCGCCGGCUCUGCCACCGAGGCUGCCCAGAACAUGCUGCGCACGCGGGCGAUCAGCACCAAACUCGACUACUCGCGCAUGGGCAACCUCUUCGAGUUCUCCAAGACGGGUCCUGGCAGCACAUAUGGCGGCACCAGCUCGGUGGGCAGCCGCAGUGCGAUUCCUAGUGACGCUGGAAGCGAUGCCGGUAGCGACGUCGGCAGCGACGACGCCAACGGGGUCCAGACCCCGACACCAGCUGCCACGGCAGAAACUCCUCAGGAGAGGGUCGCCAGGGCGCUUGCUCCUCCCGAGGAAGAGGAAGAGGAGGAGCAGGAAGAUGACAAUGAGUUUGGCGGUGAGGAAGGCUUCGGAGAGGACACUUACGAGGAGGAGGACUUUGAUCCGUUUGGUGACAACAACGGCGGCGAAGAUUUUGAGGAGUGA